AUGUCUCCCCCAGCAAGCUUGCCGGUCCGCCGCCUGGGAAAGUCCGGUCCCGAGAUUCCUGCUCUCGGCGUGGGCCUGAUGGGCCUCAGCGUCGCCUACGGCGACCCAAGGUCCGAUGAGGAACGCCUCGCCUUUCUUGACCGCGCGUGGGAGCUCGGCGCGACCAGCUGGGACACGGCCGACUGCUACGGCGACAACGAAGAGCUCGUCGGCAAGUGGUUCGCGCUGCACCCGGAGCGCCGCGGCGACAUGUUCCUGGCGACCAAGUUCGCCAUACGCUCCAAGGUGGACGACGGCGACUACCGCGUCUGGGUCGACACUUCGCCGCGUUACUGCCGCGAAGCGUGCGAGCUUAGCUUGAAGAAACUGGGCGUGGAGAGCAUUGACUUGUACUACAUCCACCGCCUGGACGACAAGACCCCGGUCGAGAAGACGAUCGAGGAGAUGGUCAGGCUGAAGAGCGAGGGCAAGAUCAAGCACUUUGGCAUCUCCGAGUGCUCCUCCGCGGCCCUCCGCCGGGCCCACGCGGUCCACCCCAUCGCGGCCGUGCAGGUCGAGUACAACCCGUGGUCCCUCGAGAUCGAGGGCGCCGCCGGCACGGACCUUCUGCGAACCUGUCGCGAGCUCGGGGUCGCCGUCUUUGCGUACUCGCCGCUCGGCCGCGGCAUCAUGACGGGGCGGUUCAAGUCGGCCGACGACUUUGACGCGUCCGACUACCGCCGGACCUUGCCGCGGUUCGCGGGCGACAACUUCCGCAAGAACAUGGAACUCGUGGAUCACUUCGCCUCCAUCGCCAAGGACAGGCACAGGUGCUCGGCGGGGCAGCUGGCGCUGGCCUGGCUGCUGGCGCAGGGCGACGACGUGAUCCCGAUCCCGGGGACGAAGAGGGCCGAGUACCUGGAGGGGAACCUGGGGGCGUUGAAGGUCGAGCUGGGAGAGGAGAUGGAGAAGGACUUGAGGGCGCUGGUCGAGGAGGCGGACGUGCAGGGUGAUAGGGGCGUGGCGUACGGGAACUACUCCGACUCGCCGGCGUUGUAG